UGGCAAGAGAGCAGGCCAUUGGUUUGACUCAAAACUCUGUUAUUCAGAAACAGUCAGGAUUUAGCAUGUUUUAGGGAAAGAAAGAAGGGGCUUCAACUACAGGGUUAUCCAUCAGGUGCUUCAGAAAGGAGUGUCUUGCAGGUGGUAAUAGAUCAAGCCCUAUGUCACUGAGGUUUUGUUGAAGAACUCAGUAUUUUUGUAUCCUGGGCAGUGACAUUAAAGGGUGUAGUAGUUAUAAUUAUGUGCUGCUGCCGGGCAGACGCCCUGUACUACAGAAAACUUUCACGCGUAUAAGGCAGGUGGCUGCCUUUGAAGUGUUGGGGCUCUGGGUGCUAAAGUGCCUAGGCUCACCUACCCUGGAGUGCUUGAAGUGGGCAAUCUGCAGAGGCCUUUCACAUAGCUGGAAUGCUUCGGCAGCGGUCUGGAAGAGCUUGUGGCAUGAAGAAGUUGGAGGCUCUGGGAAUCCAUGCCAAGCCCUGACUCCCGGUUGCAAACACUGACAUGGGGAACACAGUGAGUAACCUGAUUUUCAUUCUACCUCCAAUCUAUGGUGCGAUUCAGACCUAUAAAGAUGGCCUUGAAAAACGGUAUUUAGCUGCAUAUUUGUGUCUUACAGCUGUGGGAUUGGGAUCUUGGUGCUUCCACAUGACCCUGAAGUAUGAAAUGCAGCUGUUGGAUGAACUGCCAAUGAUAUACAGUUGUUGUGUGUUUGUCUACUGCCUGUACGAAUGUUUCAAGUACAAGAAUACAGUCAAUUAUGCUCUGCUUUUCUUGUUAAUAACAUACAGCGUCGUAGUCAGCAUAGUUUACCUAGAUUUGAAAGAGCCUGUAUUCCAUCAGAUCAUGUAUGGAACACUAGUUUCCAUCAUAGUUCUAAGAUCUGUUUAUAUAGUAUUAUGGGUAUACCCAUGGCUUAGAGGUCUGGGCUAUACAUCUUUAACUGUAUUUUUAAUGGGAUUUUUUCUCUGGAAUGUGGACAACAUUUUCUGUGAUAAAUUGAGAGCAUUACGAGAGAAGCUGCCUCCCGUGGUAGGAGCUGUGACACAGUUUCAUGCAUGGUGGCAUAUUCUCACAGGCCUUGGUUCUUACCUUCAUAUCCUGCUAAGUUUAUAUACAAGGACACUUUUCCUGAAACACAGGCCAAAGGUGAAGUUUAUUUUUGGAAUAUGGCCUGUUCUUCUUGUCGAGCCACCCAAGAAACUUUGAGCCCUGGGCAGCCACUCACGAUCACCUGGCCUGGCUGAAUAAAGCAUUUCAACAGUUACUCUGGCUGAAGUGUCAAAAUUAUGGAUCAACCCAAGUACCAUUGCUAUUAAAGGACUUCUCUGUGCUACGAGGCCAGAACAGAGCAAAGAGCUGGCACACUAGGGAAAUAGCACUUAGUACAGCUUUAUUCUAAGUUGUUAAAACAAAGAUUAAGAGACAAGGGGUUUAUGUAUAUAUUGUAUAGCUGAUGAUAUUGAGGUAAUAUUUCGUGCUGGUCACAGAAAACUAACCAUUUUUGAAGUGGAUUGCAUACGUUUUUUCAUUCAGUUUUUUGUUCUUUCUGUGGUUGAAACUAAUAUUAGUAACUGAAUGACAAAACCAGGCCAUUGAUGGCCAAGGUAAGCUAUUUGUGUGGCCUAUAGUGAACUGAAUGCUUAACCCAAACUACUUUAACCUUGCACUUUUAUAUAAUUAAAGAAGUAUGUAAUGGUUGAUUUAGGCCUUUAUUCUACCUUGCUUUUCCACAGCCUCCUUUGCAAUUUAUAUUUUAAGCAAAAUGGUUGGGCUACUUGUGCCAUUUAGUUAAUUUUUGUAGCAAGCUUCCAUUUUCUCUUUAGUCCAGCCGAGAGGUUCAUCAUGGAGGUUGUUCCAAAGUGUGACCAGCAGAAGACACUAAAAUGGUGAAGCCUUGUAGGUAUUCCUGUUUGUGUCUGGAAACUCAGUUCCUAAUUUGUUUGACCAGUGAUUCAUCACAAAACUGUAGAGUAACUGUAGAAACAUAGGAAACACUCUUUUAAAUUUUUUUGUAAUUGCUAUUUACAUACCUUCCUUUUCUAUCCCUUUCUUUAACUUCCCAUUUCCCAUUCGUACUACAGAUUGACAAACACCUUAAAUGCGCUCUAGUUCAGCUUUGAAUUCAUCUUCCUCUUAUUUUACAAGUCUUAAAUAUUGGUGUGAUUUUCAGAAGCAUCUUCUUAUUCAGAAACUUUGAAGGAAAAGUAAAGAAUGAGACUGAAGUUGAGGAUAUCCCCAAAUACAAGUGGCAGUGCUUUGCUCAAUUUUAUAUCACGUGCUUAGUCUGUGAGAAAGCUGACCACCUUUUAAAACCAGACUUGGGGAUUAAGAGGGGAGACAAACCCUGUUUUCUGCAAUUUUUAUCUACCCAGCUGAUGAAAGUUCAUAAGUAAAUAUAAAGAAAACAUUAAACUAACACAGUUUUUCAAAAUAUACCUCAUAUGAAGGCUGUGGUUUUGAUGCUGUUGACUUUGGGGCAACUAACAGAGUGUAUCUCUGUGCCUACUUACUCCCAUUCUAUGCAAUUUUUGUCUGCUUUUGAUGCUCUGAGGGAUUUUUCCUUCUUGCCAUGAAGAAAAAAAGGAAAAUGCUCAAACUGAUCCCAUUCUGUAUUGAUUUACAGCGUGCUCACAGCAGCAAAGCAGGUAAUGUAGCUGUAAAGCUGUCUCCCAGGUCUCUGAGUCCUGACUAUUGAACAAUCAAUGCUAGCUAAAAUGGUCUCCUCCCUUUGAUGUCUUUUUCUCUGUUUGCAGUUUCUCUGCAUCUUUCACAUCCACUAGUAACUCUCCUUCUGAUGUGAAUCUCCAAGUAAAAAGGUGGCUUCUCUUAUGUGAAAACCCUGGACCCUUGAGAUCAAAUAACCCCAAACUCUUGAGCUGGAAAAAGAUGCUUAACCUUGUGUGAGUUCAAUGAGGUUUAAGCAUGUGCUGAUAGCAGUGCAUUUCAACCUGUACACCCCUAUAAAGACACCUGAAGGGUAAUUUUAGAAUAGCUUUGGUAUCAGUAGGCUCCAGUUCCAUAGACAAGGUCAGCAUCUGUGUUGGGAAAUGUAAGUGCUUUUCAGUCAGAAAGAAGUUAGCAGAACUAGCACAGAGGUAGGAAAUAGCUAUUAUGGAUCAGGUAUCUUUAAUUAUCCAGAAGGCAUAUUUUUUGUAAAGAGAUUUGAGAACUGUUUCAAAAAUGUAGCUUGAAAAUAAGUGCCUGCCUGUUCACCUCCAGGUUUUCUCAAGCAUUUUUCUGCACACUGUAUCCUGUUUUCCUAUUUAGUAUGUUUACAUGCAUUCAUAAGUUAGGGAAGGAGUCUUGUAAGAGAAGCAGUGCAGCAGCAAGACAUAUCAACAGUCACUUGUGACAUCUGCUAGGUAUGAUAUGUUUAUGGAAAUGGAAAAAAAAAUUGAUUUUAGUGGCCUUAGUUUUGUUACUGAAGGAUCUGGGGGGUUUUAUUUUAGUAAUUGCAAGAACCAGAGUGUCUUGAAAAGCCACUUUCUUAUUGAUCAGACAUCUCUAAAAUGGUAUAUUUUAAAGAAAUUUGUUGAUUUUUCUACACAUUGGCAACCAGGAAGUCUAUGGUGGGGGGGUGGGUUUUUUCAGAUCUUGUUGAAUUGUCAG